AUGUUAGCGGUGGGGGCGAUGGAGGGCACCCGGCAGAGCGCGUUCCUGCUCAGCAGCCCGCCCCUGGCCGCCCUGCACAGCAUGGCAGAAAUGAAGACCCCGCUGUACCCCGCCGCGUACCCCCCGCUGCCCGCCGGGCCCCCCUCCUCCUCGUCCUCCUCGUCCUCCUCGUCGUCACCCUCCCCGCCUUUGGGCUCCCACAACCCAGGCAGCCUGAAGCCCCCGGCCGCGGGGGGGCUCUCAUCCCUGAGCAGCCCCCCGCAGCAGCUCUCGGCCGCCACCCCACAUGGCAUCAACGACAUCCUGAGCCGGCCCUCCAUGCCCUUGGCCUCAGGGGCAGCCCUGCCCUCCGCCUCGCCCUCCGGUUCCUCCUCCUCCUCUUCCUCGUCCACCUCCGCUUCCUCCGCUUCGGCCGCCGCGGCCGCAGCUGCGGCCGCUGCCGCCGCCGCCUCAACCCCAGCGGGGCUGCUGGCCGGCCUGCCCCGUUUCAGCAGCCUGAGCCCGCCGCCGCCGCCGCCCGGGCUCUACUUCAGCCCCAGCGCCGCGGCCGUGGCCGCCGUGGGUCGGUACCCCAAGCCGCUAGCCGAGCUGCCCGGCCGGACGCCUAUCUUCUGGCCAGGAGUGAUGCAGAGCCCACCCUGGAGGGACGCACGCCUGGCCUGCACUCCUCAUCAAGGAUCCAUUUUGUUGGACAAAGAUGGGAAGAGAAAACACACGAGACCCACGUUCUCGGGCCAGCAGAUCUUCGCCCUAGAGAAGACUUUCGAACAAACGAAAUACUUGGCGGGGCCCGAGAGGGCUCGCUUGGCCUAUUCGUUGGGGAUGACGGAGAGUCAGGUCAAGGUUUGGUUCCAGAACCGCCGGACCAAGUGGCGGAAGAAGCACGCAGCCGAGAUGGCCACGGCCAAGAAGAAGCAGGACUCGGAAACCGAGCGGCUGAAAGGGGCCUCGGAGAACGAGGAGGAGGACGACGACUACAACAAGCCCCUGGACCCCAACUCGGACGACGAGAAAAUCACGCAGCUGCUGAAGAAGCACAAGUCCGGCGGCGGCGGCGGCGGCCUCCUGCUGCACGCGUCCGAGAACGAGAGCUCGUCCUGA